CUCUAUCCUUACGUGCUUCUUGCUCUUUUUAAGGAUCAAAAAUAAAUAAAGGUAAUGCAAAUACAACCUUUAUAUAUAAGAACAAUACUCAAAAUAGGAUUCAAACCACCAACCUAAUUUGAAUAAUUCAUCAAUUACCCACCCAAAUCGUGUGACCUUGGAAAAACUACUAAAAGAAUUUGAACCUUAUAUUCACAUUCCUUUAUUUUUGUUUCUUUCUAUUCAAAUUUGUGCUCGUUGAUUCUUACUUGGAAUUCAAAGACUGCUCCUUAGUUCUCUCGUUUUCCAUUCUUCACACGUUUUUGAAGGAUUAAAGCCUUAUAUAUAAGCAAACAAGAGUCACUGUGAUAAACCCAUCUUAGUUCAUUUAUUUCUUCUACCCACACUUCAAUUAUUUUCAACAACAACAAUACAACAUAAACACAAGUUCUCAUAUCUUCAUUCCAAGUACUCUCAUACACCAUACAACAACGAUUUGUGGGACAUUAUAUUUAUGGGGGUGUCUGUUACUGAUUUGUCAAAUGGGUCCAAUAAGAUGAGUACUUCAAGCAGGUUGAGUGAUUGCAGACCUCAACAUAUGAUUCUUGAAAGAAACCAUUCAUUUGUUCAAGAUAAAGAACAGAACAUGGAUUCAACCAAAAGUGAUCAAUUGAAACAUAAACAAGUUCCAUUGAUUUCUCUGCCUGAAGCACUUGUUUUUUCUUCUCCAAGGCCAGUUUCUGAGCUCGAUGCUGCUGCAACUACUCUUCAAAAAGUUUACAAGAGUUACCGUACUAGAAGAAACCUUGCCGAUUGUGCAGUGGUUGUGGAAGAGCUAUGGUGGAAAGCAUUGGAUUUUGCUGCUCUUAGAAGAAGUUCUGUUUCAUUCUUUGAUGUUGAGAAACCUGAAACUGCUGUGUCACGUUGGGCUAGAGCAAGAACAAGAGCAGCUAAGGUUGGAAAAGGUUUAUCUAAGGAUGAAAAGGCACAAAAAUUAGCACUUCAACAUUGGCUUGAAGCUAUUGACCCGCGUCAUCGAUAUGGACACAAUCUUCAUAUGUAUUAUGAUAUCUGGUUUAAAAGCUUAAGCACACAACCAUUUUUCUACUGGUUGGAUGUUGGAGAUGGAAAAGAAAUAAAUCUUGAGAAAUGUCCAAGAAGCACUGUUCUACAACGGCAAUGCAUUAAAUAUCUUGGACCAAAAGAAAGAGAAGAAUAUGAAGUAAUUGUUGAAAAGGGAAGGUUGGUGUAUAAACAAGAUGGGAGGCUUGUGAGUACUGAUGAGAAAUCAAAAUGGAUAUUUGUUCUCAGUACUACAAGAGCCUUGUACGUGGGGAAAAAGCAAAAGGGUGCCUUUCAACAUUCAAGCUUUCUUGCUGGUGGUGCAACCACCGCAGCUGGUAGAUUAGUAGCAAAUCAAGGUGUUCUUGAGGCUAUUUGGCCAUACAGUGGACACUACCAUCCAACAGAAGAGAACUUCAAAGAAUUUAUAAGCUUUCUUGGAGAGCACAAUGUAGACCUCACAAAUGUAAAGAGAUGUGCCAUAGAUGAUGAUACUUAUUCAAUUGUUGGAAAUGAUGCCAUCAAUGAACCACAACAAACAAAGGUUGCUACUCCUAAGGUCAAUGUCAAUGAUAACAAUGUGACAUCAACUCAUAAAAAGGAUGCUGUUGCAGCAUUUAACGCCUCAAGGAGGCUGUCUUGCAAGUGGUCAACUGGAGCUGGUCCACGUAUUGGUUGUGUUCGUGACUAUCCUGAACACUUGCAGUCAAAAGCAUUGGAACAAGUUAGUCUGUCUCCAAGGCCAAGUUCUUCAAGACUCAACAAAUUUGGCCCAAUUCCUUCUCCUAGGCCUAGUCCAAAAGUUAGGAUGUCACCUAGGCUUGUGUAUAUGGGAUUACCUAGUCCAAGAAACCCAAUUUCAACUGCAAGUUAAAGGAAACUUUGGAGGGAUUGGUUUUUACUCAGGACGCUUUGUCGAUUACUCAAUUUCUGAAAUAAGUCAAUCAAAAGAUACGAUCCGAUAAAAUCGAUGGACUCUUGAGCAAUCUGAGGAAGCCGUAGAGCAGUUUACAAAGACAAAGAAUUUAGAGGGUUGUUCUUCGAUCCAAAAGUGGGUCAGGUUUAGACCAUGGUCACAGCAGAUGAUACUUCAUGUGACGGCUACUAGUAAAUCAUAAAAUUAGAGCACUAACUGAAAUUUCCUUUUUCAAUUUUUUGGACAAUUUUUUCAUCUAUUACUUCAUUUUUUUAGGAAUUUGCUUUAGUGGGACAUACUAGGGUCUAGGUCCUUGACCCAAUUUUUGCCUCUUUCUUUUUCUGGAAGGCAUGAAAAUUCAAUUAAUUCUUUACGCGAUUCAAAUUAUGUAGCUCAUUUUUUCAAAUUAUGUAGCUCAUUUUUUAUUUUAUAUAUAAUGAAGUUAGUGUGA